AUGGAAAGAAAAGUGAAAGGAGUGCCUGCUGAAGGGAAGAAGGGGGAGGCUGACAGGGCAGGGGAAAAGAGGAUCACCGGUACAGCUCAGCAAGUGACUGAAUCCAGUUUGGGUGAGAGAAACACGACAGCCGGCUUUAGCACACAAGUGUCUGUUGACAGUACCUCUCUUAUGGUCUCUGAGGUUGCUGAUAUUCCAGAUCAUAGCUACUCUUCAGAGGAUCUUUAUUCUCUGGAAGUUCAGGGGUCUCUUCAUUCCACAGACUUUUCUCCAUACAAUACAAUCCACAAAGGCGCCACAAACAGGAGCUGCACCAGUUUGGAUCACAGCAUUUGCUCUGGGUUUCACAGGACUAACUCACAAUGUUCCCCUGAUGAGGAUGGCAGUUCCUGCAGCAGAGCCUCUGUGGACAGGUCUCGAGGCCAGGACUAUGAGAACUAUGUUCAUGGCAGAGCCUCAGACUGCUCCUCAGAAAAUUUCAGCCCAUCAGAAAGAGAAUCACAGAGCUCUGUUAGAGAAAACAAAACCACACCACCCUUGAAACAAGUGAAAAUAUGUUUUGGGGUCUUUAACCAGCCUGCUGCUGUACACACUCAGCCCUCUCCCUGUUCUGUGCCUGCAAGUACUUCAUCACGCUAUGGCUGCCCCGAGAGAACUGUCCAGCAGCAUUGCAUUAGAAAAUACGGCAUUCCAAACAUAGUCCGAUCUACUAGUGACCCUGUAUCAUGUUCAUCCAGCAUGGAAGUUCCCGUUUCUAGUUCUCAUGUGGCUGCCUCUGCUUGCCAGGACUCUGUAAGCUGUUUCCCACGCACUGGAAAACAAAGAGAGACAAGGAAAAUUGACCUACAAUUAAAGCCAAAGGCCUUCAACACAAUCUCCAAAGAGCGACCGCACUCUUUAGUAGACCUUAAGGCGUAUAAAGACACAAAAAUUUUGGUGGCUAAAUUUUUGGAACAUUCAAACUGUAAUCUCCCUCCAGAAGUGCGUCAUGUUGUAAACAGCAUAAGAUCUGUAAUCAAAUCUGAUGAAAGACACAUGGAAGAAGCCAUCUUCAGUGCCAACAUUAUAGACCAGGUAAUUACAAGUUCCCAGCAGAAUGUGAAUACCUCUAGAAAACGACUUCAAGAAGAUCUUCACCUUCAGAGUUGUGGUGCUCUAAGUUCUCCAGUUGCCUUCUUACGCAGGUCCCAUAUCACUCGCAGUUUAGAGCGGAACAGGCCACACAGUUUGAUUGGCGUUUGCCGGGAGACCAUCCUUUGACAACAGUUUACAGGUAUGCAGAAAAGCUGAUUCCAGCAAAGAGAAGAGUCCAGCACAUGGAGAAAUGCAAAUAAUGGAUGGCUUAGAAAGGAAAAAAAGUGUCUUCCUUUGGAAUUCCACUUUUUAUUUAAUAGCAGACCACCACCACUCUUUUUCUGAAUGUAAAUUUUUAAGCCCUGCAUUUUGCAAAAUUUAAAUGGUUAUUAUUAAACUUGUAACAAAUGUUUUUCCCAAAAAGAUACGCAUUGAUUUGAACGCAUUGAUGGAGAUGCUGCUGCCAUGCAGCAUUUCCUGAAAACCAUCACCAAGCGACCUUUUGUACAAGUUACAUUUAUUUAAUGUACCUCAAUGGGUUUUAACUAUCAUCAGUGUUUUAAUAAAAAGUAUUUCUGGACUUUGCUUCUGCAAAAACUGAUUUGGUUAGAAAUACAAAAAUUCGCUCUUAUUAUAGGAGCACAGCUCCUUUUGCUGAUUCCUUUCUUUCCAUAUCUAAGUGUACAUCGGUUUCAUGACGCUAAGCUAAUUGUUAUUUUCUGCUAGAGCUGUUGUGUUUCUCAAAUGCCCAUUGCCCUUUUAAAUUCUAGUAAAGGCUGCACAGUGGUUUAUUUUUUGCUUUCUUCUGAAUGCUCGUGAGUUUGGUGGUUUGGGAGAUGCCAUUAUAAAUUAAGGUCUAAAUUCACUACAAAUUAUGUCCCGCAGGUGCACUAUGGACAAAGCCAUUGCACUGCUGCAAUUGCCUAAAAGCUGACUUCCAGAACCUUUCAUGGCCAACCGUUGAGCUGAAUCCAGACAGGGCUACCUGGGGGAAGCACAAAAAGGGCAGUUUGCCCUCCUGCCUUGUUUGAGAGGGCCCCCCAAAUUGGGGGGGGGGGGAGCUGAGCCAAAUUUGAGGGAGUGGCAUUGCAUCAUGGGUAAUAUGAGACUUGACUCCCCUAUCCUGGCCAGGCUCAGAUCCUAUCAUUGCCACUAUUGUCAUCAACUGGCAGGUCCGAAGCCAUCCAGAGCUAGGAGUAGGGUUGUGGACACCAUUCCCACCAGCGGAGGGGCUAGAGCUCCUCUCUCCCUGUGAGGAGGGCAGCCACUCCACUGUCCUGGACCCUUGCUAACCCUGCUCCCCAUUCCCUCCCAUCUUAAACUCUUUCAUUGUCACAGUAAUUUUGGAAGGGAGGAGGGUUCAGUUUCAGAUUUUGCCCUGGGCCCUGAAAAACCUCUUUAAAACCCUGAAUCUUGAGGGCCUAAUGGGAUGCCAAAGAUGUAUCAUCUUCCUCUGAUUUGGUUUAUUCCAUUUGUUCGCAUGGAUAAUUUUAGUAAUAAAAUUUUCUUCUAAUAGUUCUUCUGCAUUAAAAAUUGGUCUAAAAAAACUCAACUAAUGCCAAUGCUAACAGCAGAUGGUGCCUGCCUGGUCUUUAAGAACAAAACAAUGCAAGCUACAACUCGGCAGAGAUAGAAAAGGGCAUGAUCAGUGUUCUCAUAAGGAAUCCAGUCUAAUGUGCAAAAUUUUAACUUUUAUAAACACAUCUCUGGGGUUUAAUUGCUUGGCUGUUUUCAUUUGUAUCACGCUGAACUUGGCAGACAAUCUGUGAAAAGGUCACAAGGCUGUGUAGCUGGAGAUGGGUAGCUUUAGUUCAGAAUGUGUGUUUGUCAAUCAGCAAUGCUGCUAAUAUUUUAAAUUGAUGCUGCUUCAACUACAUUCACAUGAGCUACAGUGACAUCCAGUGGCAACAAGGUAGGGUAAUUGCAAGCAUCCAUUCACUAUGAAUUCUGCAGAUAUACCACCUACUAUAAUUCUGACUUCAAGGCAGCAGAUGGAUUCCAACUAUGUGAUUCUUUGCAACUGCACUUAGAAAUAGCUCCAUUUAAUUCUUCAUCUAGGAAGAUUUUUUAAUUCAGUAAACUUACUAACAGAAUAAACAAGAUAAGCAAGUUGUCUUUAUUACUCCAGAUUUAUUAGUGAUAAUAGGGUUAAUUCUUUCCUAAGGUCAGUUGCAUGCAACGUAUGUUACCCCUUGAAAUCCUAAAAAGCUUUAGUUACUGGAUGGUAUGGCUUCUAAAGUCACAGUGUAUUUUCUUCAAGGCCUUGUCCCCCUCCCAAAAAAUCAAGACAAAGUUACAUUAAUGAACAAUUUCUCAUAACGAAUACAACUUCACUACUACUUAUUUUAUCUAUACACAUACUAAUACUGCUGUUGAUGCUAGUUCCCCCUCAUUCACCAGAAACAAACAUUCAGAACAAUGCCUCAGGAACAAGAAUGUUUUUUAUAAAAGACUAAGGAUGGCUCUCCCCUUGUGAGCUAAUGUAAAUCAAAGGGUAAUAAAAAAAUAUUACACAAACCAUGGAACACAUUUAAGUAUCAGAAAAGAAGUUCUGUUAAACCAUGAAAAUUAAAAAUAAAUGUAAAUAAAUGUUUAGUUUUGUGGCAUUUAUUCUUUAUUUAGCAUCAGAAACACUUUCCUGUUCUUUUGUUAUACACUUAUAGUCACACCUUGCUAUACUUACCAUUAUAACAAAUGUAACAUGUAACUACACCAAGUACUACAACGGUUUUACUUUACAUUAGAAUCUAAUAGCACACAUUCCUAAUCCCUGAAACGUUAAAAUGCCAUCUGCCCUGGAUCAGCUUUCAAAUUACGCAAUAUGCUGUGGAGGGACCAUUACAUGGGACUUGGAUAUUUUUUUUUAAAUUGAGGCUGCUGUUCAGUUGCUUAUCGUUGUAGUAAAUGUUCUGCUGACUCAUUCUCAUAUUAUCAAACAUGACAGACAGAUGUACACUAUGCCACAUGAAGAUUACAAAUAAAUAUGUAUAAGUUUCAAUGAGAAAAGAGUUUAGAAGAUGUUGCAAAAUACUAUGUCUUACAAAGAUUUUGGGUCAUUGUUCUUAAUAAAGAUGAUCAUCAUUUUUUGGCAAGGGAGAGACUCUUGGCCAUUCAGUUUGUGAAAUCUUCAGGUCCUGUUUCAAAGCCUUUCAUUCAUACAAAAU